AUGGAGACACUAUUUCAAAAAACAAGGGUCAUCAAUGGAGAACCAGAAUUAAUACAAAAUGAAUCUAUAAUAUAUAAAGUUGAUAAUGUUUCAAUAUAUGAUGGUGACCAAAAAACUCAAUAUUCAAAUGGUACAGUUAUGUUAAGUACUCAUAGAGUUAUUUGGGUUAAUAAAGAUAUUGGAUUAGGAUUAUUACAUCAACUUAUUUUAAAUAUUGAAGCAUUAACUACAGGAUUAAUGGGUAUAGGAUCAAGUCCAAAAAUUUUAAUAACUUUAACAAAACGUUCAUUUAGAUUAUCAUUCCAUGCUGGAAGAAGAGAUGAUUUUUUAAAAUUAUACAGACAAUCUUUAUUAAAUAAACCUUCUCAAUCACCAUCACCAACAUCAUCAACAUCACAAUUUAUAAAUCAACCAAAUAAUAAUAAUAAUAAUUAUAAUAAUAAUAAUUCAUACCAAACACCAUUACAACCACCACAAUAUCAACAACAACAAAAAGAACAACAACAACAAUAUAAUUCAUACAACCCAUAUCAACAACAAUCAUCACAAUCGCCUCAACAACCUCAACAACAAUAUAAUUCAUAUAAUCCAUAUCAAUCAUAUGUUCAACAACAGCAGCAACAACAGCAGCAACAACAACAACAACAACAACAACAGCAAAUACCUCAAUAUCAACAACAAACAUCACCACCACCACCAAAUUAUUAUGAACAUAUACAACAACAACAACAACAACAACAACAACAACAACAACAACAACAACAACAACAACAACAACAACAACAACAACAACAACAACAACAACAACAACAACAACAACAACAACAACAACAACAACAUCAGCAGCAGCAACGACAACAAUCACCAUCAUUAUAUAAUAGUUAUCAUUCUACUCAACAACCUUUACCACCACCAAGUUACUUACAGCAUAUGCAACAACAACAACAACAAUCUCCAUCACCAUCACCACAAUAUCAACAAACAAAUUCAAAUUCAUUACCAUCACAACCCCCUCAACCAAAUUAUAAUUUACAAAAUUUUAUAAAUACUCCAAUUAUUUCAAACAACAGUAAUAAUAAUAAUACAAAUAUAAAUGGUUUUACAUCAAAUGCUGGUAUAGGUGGUAUUAUAAAUCAAAUGAAUAAAAAAACAUUAGAAAAUGAUAAAUUAUUAUCAGAAUCAUUUUCAGAUUUAAAUAUUUUAAUGGAAAAAGCCAAAGAUAUGGUUACUUUAUCUGAAAAAUUAAAAGUUACAUUGGAAAAGAAGACUGGUACUUCAACUUCAACUGAAGAAGAAGAAGAAUUUAGAUCAUUUUUAUUAGAGAUGGGCAUUGAAAGUCCUGUUACAAAAAAAACAGCAAAAUCAAAAUAUCAUGAUCAAUUAUCAAAACAAUUAUCAGAUUGGAUAAUUACAAAGAAUAUUUUAAAACAACAUAAAGGUAGUGGUAAUAAUGAAAUGAUUACAUUAUCAGAUUUGUAUUGUAUUUUUAAUAGAGCUAGAGGUAUAGAAUUAAUUUCACCAGAUGAUUUAUAUAGGGCAUGUUUAUUAUUUGAAUCAUUGGAUUUACCUUUAAGAUUACGUAAAUUUGAUAGUGGUGUUAUUGUGGUUCAAUCAAAAGAUGAAAAUGAUGAACAAAUAGCUAAACAAAUUUUAGAUAUCAUUAAUGAAAAUGGUCCACUAUCUGCUUUUGAUUUGGCUAAAAUUAAUUCAAUCUCUUUACAUUUAGCUAAAGAUCAAUUAUUGGUAGGUGUUACAAGCGAAAAAUUAGGAAAAUUAUGUAGAGAUGAAACUGUGGAAGGUAAUAUAUUAUACCACAUAAAUAUAUUUGUUGAUUAA